AUGGAUUUGAUGAAAGAGAACGGAGAUGUCUCCAAUCUGUCCUUGGACACAGAAUUUGAGAUGUACAGGAAGCUGAGCGAAAUACCUUUACAAGAAGCCUCUAGUGACUGCUUCCAAGAAUUUGACCAGAAAACUCAGCAUCAGUACAUUCCUGAAUAUAAGUAUUCUGCAACAUCUGAUACCUUAGAUAUGGAACCAUCUGCUGGUUAUCACAGUACAAAUAGCACAGAAAGCCAUUACUUUUUUGAUUUUGAUUAUUUAAGCCAUGGAGAAAUUUCCCCAGAAGUACAAAGUCCAACAGGCUAUCCAUUAGAAUCAUUUCAAUUAGCACAUUGCUCUGAUCCAGCUGAAGAUGUAGAUGAGACUUCAUUCCUUUCUGCUGUUACUUCAACGCAGCAAUCAUUUGUACUUGAAAAUAAUGAGACAUCUGCUUCCCAACCUGUAGAAAAUAGAGUGUUGCUUGUAGAAUGUCAAUCUACUGGGAUCCCAGCGCAAAAUAGUGAUAGUGUAUUUGGCGAUAGCAAUAUUGAAGAUUCUAUUGGGAGCAAAUCUGAACCAGUAAACAGUAGAAAUAAUAGAGACCUGAAGAAUGAAGUAUUAUUGGAAACAGCACAUCAAAAUGCACAAUGUUUCCCUUUCCAAACAGCAGAAAUUGGAAGUGAUCAACCUGUCUGUAGUAUAUCAACAAAACUUGAAACUGACAGUCAAGUACCAUUGGAGUUACUUAAUGUGAUGUCUGGAAUUUCUGUUAAUGCAGUUUCCAGAACUCAGGAUACCUUACAGAAUCAAGGUGACCAAAGACAAAAUAAUACAGUAUCCAUAUGUGUGGAUUCAAAUCGAAGAUGGGAAAAAUCCUGUGAACUUUUGGACAGUUCAGAUCAGCUGAAUUUAUUGGAGGACUCCUUUGUAUCAGCUGUAGGUGAUAGUAUUGCAAGUAUGAUGGUGGGAGAGUGUUGCCCUGAUAGAACUGUCCGAAUGAAUGAUGCUUUUGGAUCAUUAAGGAUGGCUGGGGACAAUAAUAAAUCUACAAAAUGUGUCCACCAUUCACCAGAUAUGACACCUUCAAGAAGUACUACCAUGUUUCAAAGUACUUGCAUUGAAACCCAAAUGAAAUGUGAUUGCACAUUCGGCAAAGACACGAGUGAUUUAAUUAUGAAGGUUGAUCAAACUGUUGAUGCUGGCACUGAUUUCAGAGCUGAUUUCACUAUGGAUAAAGCCACAACAGCUACGAUCUCUGUUGUUGACCGAGCUAACAACACAGACAUAAUUUUGAUGAGCAAAAAUAGACCAACUCUAGGUCAAAAUAAAACACAUGGAACUGUAGCUUGUAAUACCAAAUGGUCCACUGGUGAAUCAAUUAUGAAACAUCAAAGCACCCAGACGGUUAUGGUCAAUACAGAGGAGAAAUGCACCAAUACUGUCUCACAAAUAACAGAGUUUAAUAUAAGCGAAAAGGAAUUGGUCAAUAACAGAUGUAAAACCAAACUGAAGAAAGUUCCGGGUGAACUUAAAGAGUUAAAGAAAUUAAGUAAAAGUGUAGGGCUAAAACAUCAGGGUUCAGUUUACCAUUCUGUCACCAAAGAUGAAAAUCAUUCAUCAGACUGCUGUUGCUGUAUGAAACAACGAAUGAUGAAGGCAGAGUUACAGCUUUUAAAAAUGCAAUACUGGAUGUGUCGACAGCAUUGCUGGAGAAUUCACAAUGUGGAUAUUGAACAGAGCAUUUUUGGAGACCUGGGGUUCCCAGGAUUUGAAGUAGACACUGACAAUGCAACUGCAUUAUCCUCUGCUUUACAAGAGCUUAAAGAUAACUAUGAGAGCAUAAGGAAGAAAGUGCUAGAAGGAAUAUCUUUGGACAGUCUCCCUUUGCUAUCUGUUGAGUUAAGGAGUCUGCCACAUGCUACAUUUGUUCCGGCUAUGUUGGGAGAGAAAUCACCAUCUUCUCAGGAUCAAAGCUGUUUGAAUUAUAGAAAUGAAGUGGCUUUGAUUGAAGAACUACCUUGUGAAGACCUAGCUAGAAAAAAUUGUGGAGAAGAUGAUAAGCCUGGAGAGCAACCUAAGGAACUUUAUUGUGAUCUUAAUCAACAUGUGUCAGAUAAAGCCGACAGCGUUUGUGAAGAAUCAGUAAAUCAAGCCAAGGACCUUGAAGUAACUGGUGACUGGUUUGAUGCAGAAGAGAAUUUUGUUUCCCCUGGUGACCCUGAACCAACAGAAGGGAAGGUGAAUGAUCAAGGUGGAGCUGUAGCAGCAAUAGGUGAACCAAGAAGCAAUGAAUGUGUUCAUGUUGAUAAAUCUGUGGAAAAAGAGACAGCUCAAACAAGUUAUAUUUAUAUAGAUGGAUUGUCCACAAUAGUAACAGAGGUGGAAUUAAAAAGGCUUUUACAGAAGUACCAUGUGUCAGGUGUUUGGCUUGGUAACUUGCACAAUGAUUACAGGUGUGCAGUUCUGAAAGUUGACUCUCCCGACUUUGCCAAGUUAGCAGUGGAUGAAAUGAAUGGAAGAGAGUAUCAUGGAAUGCCCAUUAAAGUCCAUAUGGUAAAAAUCUCAGGAGAUCACAUGUUAUCUGUACUUAAAAAUCAUCCACCGCUUCCACUGAAGGAACACCACCUGAUGCAAGACCAUGCUACAAAGAAUACCAAAUUCAAAGUGGACAGUCAAUGGGACUCUUAUUCUGAAUUAACAAAGAUUCAUUAUGCAGCUUCUCAUAAGAUGAGCAGACGGACAUAUAAACAGAUGCAGUUUCUACAAGACACCCCCACAGCAACAGGAACAUUCAUUCCCCCAAAUUCUGCUAAUUUGAGUAGUUUCAACAAACUAAUGAAGAUUCUCUUGGUAUCGCACCCUGAAGCAAACAGGAAUGAUAUCAUUGAAGCAUUAAAAGAAGUAAAGGCAAAUAACAAGGGUUUUCUGAGUGGCUUGGCUCUAACCACGAUUGUCAGAUUGGCAUCUGCUAUCUUAAAACGACGGCUGUCUUCAAAUACCAAAAAAUAGAGGUGUUCAUGAAGAAAGACAAACACCACUACUAAGUCCUGACUUCUGUUAAGCUUGAGAUGUUUGUAACCUUGCCUUUCAUUUUUCAUCAGUUUCAUUUUACCUUUGAAGAAAUAAUCCAGACUCGGAGGAUUUUACGUUUGUGGCACAAUGCUUUUUAAUGCUGUUCUGCUAAUUGUGUUGAUUAUUGGACUUGUUAUUGUUUUUGAGCUCCGCCUGUUUUGUGAGCAAGUUGAAUAAAUUGAUGAGAAAUAAAUGAUACGUCCACUGAAGUGCAUUUGCUCAGAAUCACUUUGAAUCGGAGCUUUGCAUAAUAUUUAGUUUCAACUUACAUUCUACAUUAAGAAAAAAAAACUUAAGAUUGAACCUGUUUUUAUAAGUCAGACCUGCUG